AUGUCUUCCCCAAUCGAGUCCAAGUUUCUCUCCCAGCCAAGGGACCUCGGCAUUGUUGCCGUAGGCUUCUCCGGCGGCCAGUGCAAGCCUGGUGUCGACGCCGCCCCCUCCGCCCUCAUCGAGUCCGGCCUUCUCACCCAGCUCCGCGAAGAGCUCGGCUACAAGCUGCACGGCGAUGACGAGGUGCACCUCUACACUGACCUCGUUCCCAAGGAGGACCCGCCUCACCGCAACAUGAAGAACCCGCGCGCCGUCUCCAACGUGACCAAGCGCAUUGCCGAGCAGGUCCACUCGCACGCCAAGGAGGGUCGCCUGGUUCUCACUCUCGGUGGUGACCACAGCAUUGCCAUUGGCACCAUUGCCGGCUCGGCCAAGGCCAUCAAGGAGCGCCUGGGACGCGAGAUUGCCGUGAUCUGGGUCGAUGCCCACGCCGACAUCAACACCCCCGAGACCAGCGGCAGCGGCAACAUCCACGGCAUGCCCGUCAGCUUCCUCACUGGCUUGGCGAGCGAGGACAAGGAGGAGUUCUUUGGCUGGUUGAAGCCCGACCACCUCCUCAGUGUCAAGAAGCUGGUCUACAUUGGCCUCCGCGAUGUCGACCCGGGUGAGAAGCGCAUCCUCAGGGAGAACGGAAUCAAGGCGUUCAGCAUGCACGACAUUGACAAGCACGGCAUCGGUCGCGUCAUGGAGAUGGCCCUCGGCCACAUCGGCAACGACACCCCCAUCCACCUUUCGUUCGACGUCGAUGCGCUCGAUCCCAUGUGGGCUCCCUCCACGGGAACCCCGGUCCGCGGCGGUCUCACUCUCCGCGAGGGCGACUUCAUCUGCGAGUGCGUGCACGAAACGGGAAGCCUUGUCGCUGUCGAUCUUGUCGAGGUCAACCCUACCUUGGCGGCUCCCAACGACGUUGGCGCACACGAGACUGUUCGCGCUGGUUGCUCCUUGGUCAGGUGCGCUCUAGGCGAAAGCCUUCUAUGA